CGGCAAGAGACCGGCCAGCGAGAUGCGCGCGCAGCUGGAAAUGCUUCUGGGCUGGAGUGCGAGUUGCCGGAGUAAAGUGAGAAGAGCCCGUGAGGCAGAUGCAACGGCACAUACCAUUCUGCUUGGUGCAGGGGGGAGAAACCAGCCGGGACCCCGUACUUGUAACCCCCUGACAAGUCAUGGAAGCGAUAAGGAAGGAGCUGUCCCGGUCGUACCAAGAGCUCAACGACGAAACAGAUCCAAUUGCAAGAGAUCCAGAGGGGGCGCAGGAGGAGGAGCAGGAAGAAGCUGCGUCCGCUGUUAUACCCGACAGGGAUUCGGAUAGGAGCAACACUCGGGUGCGUUUCAGCAGAACCUGCCUGAAGAACGUCUUCUCCGUUUUGCUCAUCUUCGUGUAUCUGCUCCUAAUGGGCGUGGCGGUUUUCCUCGUGUAUCAGACCAUCACCGACUUCAGGGAUAAACUGAAACAUCCGGUCAUGUCCGUGUCGUAUAAAGAGGUGAACGUGUACGAUGCUCCCGGUAUUGCCCUGUAUCCAGGCAAAGCUCGGCUUCUGAGCUGCAAACAUCACUUGUACGACCACAUCCCUCCUCUGAUAGACCCGGGGCAGCCGGGAGAAAACACUUGUAUCACCCAGAACAUCAGCUACACUGAUCCUUACACCAACAGCACUGUGAAACACGCGCUGAUUGUCCAAGGGCCGCGGGACGUGAGGAGGAGGGAACUGGUUUUCUUACAGUUCCACUUAAAUGAAACGAAACAAGAUUUCAGCGCAAUCGAUUACCUGCUGUUCUCCUCGUACGACGGUUUUCUCAAGAGUACUAACCGGGUGAGGUUCAUGCAGGACUGUGAGAGCUCCUUCUCCAGCUGGAAAUUCUCCGGAGGAUUUCGCACGUGGGUUAAAAUGUCGCUGGUCAAAACAAAAGAGGAAGAUGGAAGCCAAUCAGUGGAAUUCAGACAAGAAACCAGUGUGGUGAAUUUCAUUGAUCGGAGAGAAAAUCCAGACAAGGGGGACCAAUUGUUCUUCGUCGUUUUUGAAUGGAAGGAUCCGUAUAUUCAAGAAAUUCAAGACAUCAUCACGGCCAAUCCAUGGAGUAUGAUCGCUCUGCUGUGCAGCGUCUUUCUGGUUUUAUUUAAAGCGGCGGAUUUUGCCAAACUCAGUGUUAAGUGGAUGAUAAAGGUCCGGAGGAGACACCUGAAGAAGAGAACUCGGGAACUGAACCACAUAAGCUGAAGCCACUGUCACGACACUGAUGUUGCCCAAGACCUUAAUGGGAUACAGGAAUGUAUGAGGAGGAGAAUCCUUAAAGCCACACCCCAUAAAGGGAAAUGACUCAAAGCCACACCUCUUAAAGGGAAGUGACUCCUUUAAGCCACACCUCUUAAAGGGAAAUGAUGCAGGAGUAGUGACAAUUUAAUGUAGACUGCUAGAGAUUAGUUCCAUUAUUAGUUGGUGGAGGAACUGAAAUUAAGGCAAACUAUCAGUCACCAUCCAACAAUGAGAAUCAGGCUCUAAAAUCUUAAACACAAGACGCUGGGCUGAUCUAGAUAAACUGAAAAUGAUAUAUAUA